AGCUCAGUGUUCCUGUGGCCACGCCCAGUAAACCGAGUCACACGGUCGUCUGUAUCUUCAGCUUUUUUGCCGUUCAUUUUAAGCUCGUUUAUUGUCGAUAUAUCUAAGUAUUUGCUUUUAAGCGGCUUUUAACAGCUUGUCGCUGGGGAAAAGUCUCGCAGUCUCUGAUGAAUCAGGUGCAGGGCAGGGGUGCCUCCAGGACAGUGAUGGAAAGGCUGUGGUAUGGCCGGUGCUGUCACACAGGUGCCUCCUAACCUGAGAAGCAUCGGAUCCAGGCUCUCCCAUCCAGACCCACCUCAUGGCCUCCAUCUACCCGCCGUCUUUAGAGGACUCCGCCGAGGUGAAGGAGGGCUUCCUGUGUCCUCUCUGCUUGAAGGACCUCCAGUCAUUUUACCAGCUACAAGGACACUAUGAAGAGGAACACUCUGGAGACAACCGGCACGUUGGUGGUCAGCUGAAAAGCCUGGUGCAAAAGGCGAAGAAAGCCAAAGACAAGCUGUUAAAGCGGGAUGGAGAUGAGCGGCCGGACAGCAGCUAUGAGUCCUUUUACUACGGAGGAGUGGAUCCCUACAUGUGGGAGCCCCAGGAGCUCGGAGCCACUCGAAGUCACUUAGAUUUCUUCAAGAAGCAGAGAGCUGCAAGAAUUGACCAUUAUGUGAUUGAAGUCAACAAAUGCAUUAUACGACUGGAAAAGCUAACAUCCUUUGACAGAACCAACAUGGAUGCAGCGCAGAUAAGAUCGCUGGAGAAGUCCGUGGUGUCCUGGGUGAGCGAUCAGGAUGUGCCGUUCUGCCCUGAUUGUGGGGCGAAGUUCAACAUCCGCAACCGCCGGCACCACUGCAGACUCUGUGGCUCCAUCAUGUGCAGAAAGUGCACAGAGUUUAUUCCUCUGCCGCUGGCAUAUAAAUUAACCAGCGGAACAAGGGAGGCCCUGUGGGCUCCUGGCCAGAGUGGCUCUCCUUCAGGUCCCGUGAUGCAGCAGACGUCUCGCCGUGGCUCCAUCAACAGCAUCUCGUCUGUCACGUCUGUGCUGGAGGAGAAGGACGACGACCGUGUACGCUGCUGCCAUCACUGCAUGGACGCACUUCUUCGGCAUCAGCACAAACUGGAGGAAAAAGACCAUGUGCCUGAUAUCGUCAAACUCUAUGAGAAGUUAAGGACAUGUAUGGAGAAAGUCGACUCUAAGGCUCCAGAGUACACACGCAUGGCAGAGUCUCUCAAUGCUGGGGAGACGAGCUGUACUCUAGAGAACGCUGCUGCACUCAGGAUGGAGAUACAGAAGUACUACGAGCUCAUCGAUGUUCUGAGUAAGAAGAUACUCACACUCGGACUGAAAGAGGAGGUCCAGCCUCACCCCAAAGCCCUGCAGCUGCAAAGGAUGGUGCGCUACACAGCUACACUCUUUAUACAGGAGAAACUGUUGGGACUGACGUCACUCCCCACCAAGGAGAAGUAUGAGGAGCUUAAAGAGAAGAGGAGAGAGGAGCAGGAGAGAAGGGUGCAGCAGGAGAGACAGGCAGGUCUGGAGGCACAAAAACGCAGGCUGGAAAAUGAAAGUCAUCUUCCUGCACACGAGACCGUUCCACGCAUGACGAAGGCCGGGGGUUGGCUGCCACAAUCAGACGGUGUGCACGCUCGCUCCGAGCUGGACGACCCUCUCCUGCAGCAGAUCAAAAACAUCGAGUCGUUCUUACGGCAGGCGCUCUCUGCCAAGCGCACCGAUGAAGUGGCCAUGCUGGAGGAGAACCUGCGGCAGCUGCAGGACGAGUUUGACGCUCAGCAGACCAGUCGGGCCAUUCAGCUUUCACAGAGGCUGGCUGACGAGACCGACCUGCAGCAGAGACAGAUACAACACCUGCAGCAAAGAGAGCUCGAGCACAGAACACAGUCAAAAGUCUCUUCCUUGAGUUUCAGAGAGCGAGAAAAUGUUCCGAGAAGAGAAGAGGAGGAAGGUGACUCGGGAGAACGUUUGAUCGGAAGCCCCGGGUCUUCAAAGUCUCCUCCUUUAGACGGGCAAGAAGAUCAACGUGCACUCCCUCCACCCACCAGAAACCCUUUUGACGAGGAACAUGGCUCUUCUGUUGAGGAAGAACCAACGCAUUCCCAAACAGCCAACGGGAAGAAAGAAUACAACCCGUUUGAGGAAGAAAACGAUGACACGGAAGAGCCACGUGUGGGUAAAGAGAAAGCAUCUACCAAUCCUUUUGAGGAUGACGAGGAUGAAGAUAGAGGUAACCCUUUUAAAGAGGUUUCCUCUGAGGUUCCAGCUGCCUCCAACAAUCCGUUUGAUGAAGAGGAUGAUGAGGACGACCUGAUUGAGGAAGAGCUGCUUCUACAACAGAUCGAUAACAUCCGAGCGUAUAUCUUUGAUGCCAAGCUCAGCGGACGCUCCGAUGAAGUGGAGCUUUUGUCAGAGAACCUAAAGGAGCUGCAAAAAACACUACAGGAGCAGAAAAGAAAAAAAUAGGGGCCGUCACAAACGUUUUUGUAAUUGAUGAGCUUGUUUUCAGUGUAAGCUACUAAUACACUAGACAAAACUAUCCACAAACGUGAAGUCUCUGUGCAAGAACGCAGUCGUAGGAGAAGUCAGCUCUCGUCCAGCUUCAUUUCUGUAAAAAAUGUGUAAUUUAAUAAAAAAAAACAGUAAAUCUUAGCGUUGGUAAAAAUCAA